ACGCAUGCGCACUGAAUUCGGGAACAACUCAAUAUGGCGGCGAAGUGUUGCAAGCUGUCGUUGUAGUCGAUAGUAAACAUUUAGCCAGCUAAUUACCGACAAACUAACUGAUUUAUUAACUAGUAGAUAACCGUUAAUGUAACUCCAGACUAGUGUUUAGCACCAGUGUCGCGGUUUAAACGGUUAUAGUCGGGAAAAUGAACUACACGACGAAGGUUGUCCAAGUGACGAAUGUGUCGCCGAGCACAACAUCGGAGCAGAUGAGGACCCUGUUCGGUUUUCUGGGAACCAUCGAAGAACUAAAGUUAUUUCCUCCAGAUGAUUCUCCAAUGCCAGUGACAUCCAGGGUGUGCUUUGUGAAGUUCCAGGAGCCAGAGUCUGUCGUGUCUCAACAUCUGACUAACACUGUGUUUGUGGACAGAGCUUUGAUCGUGGUACCAUUUGCUGAAGGAUCUAUUCCAGAUGAGGCUAAAGCUUUGUCACUGUUGGCGCCAGCAAAUGCUGUUGCAGGAAUUCUGCCAGGAGGAGGCCUUCUUCCAACGCCUAAUCCCAUCCCCAAUCCACCUCUUGGAGCGAACCCCUUCGGUGGUCCGAACAUGGAUGCAAUGGCAGCAUUUGGAUUCCCUGGACCCAAUAUGAAUCCCCAGGCUGCUGACCAGCUGUUAAAGUUCAUGACAGAUCCAAAACUGAAUCCCUUGGCUGCUGGCUUAAACCUGAAUCCAGGUCUGAAGGCUGACGCGUCUAACAAAGAGAUCGAAGAGGCCAUGAAGAGAGUCAGGGAGGCCCAGUCGCUCAUUUCUGCUGCUAUUGAACCUGGACAUAAAGAGAGCAAAAAGAAGCGCUCUCGGUCGCGAUCUAGGUCCAGAAGAAGGAGGACCAGAUCACGCUCAAGACACAGGCGAACCAGGAGCAGAUCAAGGCGCAGGUCAAGCUCGAGAAGCAGAAGGCGCUCCAAAAGCCCACGCAGGAGACGCACCCACUCCAGAGACAGAGGCAGGCGAUCUCCAAGCAGAUCCAGAGAGAGAAAGAAAGAUGAUUCUGGAAGAAGAUCCAAAACACCUCCCAAAAGCUACAGCACAGCCAGGAGGUCACGCAGUGUGAGCCGGAGACGCAGGAGAAGUCGCAGCAUUAGCAGAUCUCCUAAGAAGUCUCCCAAAAGGAGAAGCUCUCGAUCUCCAUCUCCUCGAAGACACAAGAAGGAGAAGAGGAGGGAUAAGGAAAGAGACAGGGAUCGCAGGAGUGAUAAAGAGCGCGGCCGUGAUGAACGAGAGCGCUCCCCCAGCAAGAAAAAGAAGAGUAAAGACAAAGAACGGGAGCGUGAAAGGAAAUCAGAUGGAGAGAAAGGAGACGUUAAGAUCACCAGGGAUUACGAUGAAGAAGAACAAGGCUACGACAGUGAGAAGGAGAGGGAGGAGAGGAAGGAUUCAGAUGACUCUGCUCUGUCUCCUCAGUCAGUAGAAGGUAACGGGACAGCGCGGCUCGUGAAGCACGCCAAAGUAAACGGCGCUGACGAUCACCACGAAGAGGACAUGGACGUCAGCGACUGAGUGGUCUGUCUGACUCUGUCCCACAUUAUCCCUCUGUUUUGGUUCUGAACAUGUUAUUACUUUUUCCAAAUGGGGUGAAUCUAAAAUGUGAAGUGUUUGAAAUGUAUCAGUUUAUCUCAAAUGUAUAAUGCAGAAUUGUUUGCCCAAUGACGUCUCUCCUGGUUUGUCACAUUACUUUAAAUAUUCAUAUUCUCUUUGCCACCACAGAUGUAAUCUGACUGGAAGUAGGCUUGCUUUGGUUUACUUGAGCUUAUGUUCUAUGAUUUUGUCUCUUCUUCAUGUAUUGAAUCUUCAUUUUUGUUUCGUGUUGUACUGUGAUGCUCAGGCCUCUCUCUCUCCAAACAAUUACUACAUUUACCUUCUUGUUAUCUUACAGUGCUGAUUGUUUUAUCAAGGAUUUCUUUUAUAUAAUAAAGCCUAUAGGGAGAACUAA